AUGGCCCAAUCCAACUCAUCAGUAUACAGCCCUGAAAAGACCAAGCAGAAAUUGACUGAGGAAGAGCUGCUGGUGUUACAAUCUCACCUAGAAGAAUGGAAGGAAGCCACUGGUAAGGAUAGAAAAACAAUUCUGAGGGUGGUCAUAAAAGAGACCAAGAUGCAAGCCCCUAAGAUGGAUGCCCGGCUUUUGAAGAAAAGGAAAUCUACUGCCCGGUUGGCGAUAGAACACCAGUACAAGAAGGAGAUCCUUGAAAAGACCAGAGCAAGGCCAGGAGGGAAGGAAAUGAUAAAACACUACCAGGGUGCAGUUAAUGCAAUUAUGAGUGGUUUAUCUGAAGAGCAGCUGGAGGAAGCAAAUAAGACUGUGAUAGCAUGGUCUAGCAAGACUCCUCCUACAGAUGUUCAGGCUGAGUUCACUCAGAAGAAAGCUCCUGGUAUGAUGAAGGAUCUUGCAACUCAGUUAUGGAGGCAGGCCGGUAUGAGGAUAUUCAUAUUGUCGGCAUGGAAAACUGAGGAAGGCAAACCUAACCCGGUCAUAAGAGUCAACUUCAAUGAAAAGUUGGAGGGCAAUAGUUUCACAGAUACGAAGGACUGGAAGUCCAUGUUACCAGAGUGGAAUGCCUUUGUUGGAGAAGAGUUCGCAGUUGAUUGGAAUGAUGAUGAGGAUGGCAAUGUGGAUGGGGAGGGAAAGGAGAGCAGGAACCAAAGGAGAAAGAAAGAGGAAUUCCCCAUGGAAGUGGAUUCCUAUGGGCUUUUGGUCAUACCGGAUAUUAAGCCACUUAACCUAGAGAACAAAAAGUCUCUUAUCUGGACAUUCCUCACAAAACACUAUAGGUUUUGCAGUCAAAAGCCAAAGGUGUUUGUUCCUUGGUCUGCAGUGAGAGACGCUCAGGAAGAUUUUAUCGAGAUCAAGUUUUUACCAUCUGGAGGGAAAAUCAAGGACCCGUCGAAGCUUCAGUUGCUUGAAGCCGACCGGCUCUUAGAGCACUGGCAUCAAAGACAAAAGGACAAGGUUCAGCCAACAUUUCAAUUCAAAGGCUGGCAAGACCAUGAGAAGGAGAUGAGAGAACUGGUGAAGACAAUCACAUCAUGCGACUCUAGCACUAUAUGCAGUCUAACUACAGUGCAGACUAGGGUUCCGGUGACAAAAUUAACCAGAAAGUCAUCCAGGAAGCAGACCGGAAGGGUGGCACAGGAGUCAAGUAGUGAGAGUGAGGAUGGUGAUGAAGGUGAAGGUGAAGGUGAAGGUGAGGGUGAGGGUGAAGGCAAUGAAGAGGUACAGUCACCACCUAUCAAGCUGAAAUUGACUGGAAAACGAAGCAGACCUGUCAGAUCUGUUCCAGGUAAAAAAUCACCUGCCACAUCAACUGGAAAGUCAUCUCGGAAGCCGACCGUCAGGGUGGAACAGGAGGCAAGUGGUGUGGAUGAGGAUAGAGAUGAAGAUCAUGAAGUCCAAUCACCACCUUCCAAGCUGAAAUAG